UUCCAGGAUUCUCAUCCUCCGUCACUAUCGAACUCACGGCAAUCAGGCAGAUGCCACAUAUAACCAUCCCGGCACCAGCGCUCAGCCAUCGUCCACACCGUUGCGCCAGAGGUCCGAAGAUGUUUGUGCCGAUCAGGUAGGAGAUGGAACAGGGCAAAAAUGCCACUCCCUGCUCCCAGCCUUGGGCGUUCAUCUUCUCUCGCAUCCACAACGGCAUUGA